AUGUCUGACUACGGUGGUGACCAUGAGGAGGAGACUUACGACUACGAGCCCGCGGAGGAGGUCGACGACCUUGAGCCCGAAGAUUUCGUAAACCCCGAGGACAUGGAGGGCCAGGAAGAGGGCGAAGGCUACGAAUCAUAUGCGCCAAACGUCAACGGAGACCAAGUUGUCGUCUCAGGCGAUCCCAAUGCCGGUUAUUCGGGGAAGGUCAUGGAACAAGCUCGGGAGAAGAAGGUCCCUAACGAGCAGCGGGCGACUACCCCGUACAUGACCAAGUACGAGAGAGCGCGUGUUUUGGGUACAAGGGCUUUGCAGAUUAGUAUGAAUGCUCCCGUGCUCGUGGACCUCGAAGGCGAAACGGACCCGCUGCAGAUUGCUAUUAAGGAACUCAACCAGAAGAAGAUCCCUCUGAUUGUGAGGAGAUAUCUGCCAGAUGGAUGGUACGAGGACUGGACAUGUGAAGAAUUGCUUUAA